GAGCCUCAGUGUUUGUUGUUGUUCCUCGAGGGUGAGUGAGCGAGGCGGCGCCGAGGCAAAGGAAGCACACUGACGGGGCUCCGGCGGCCGCUCCCUCAGCCUCACCACCACCCGCUCCACGAGAAGAAGGACGCUCCGCCGCCGCCGCCAUGACCAAGAGGAAGGCCAAGCCGCUCAUCGACUCAGACAGCGACGAUGAAGGCGGCAGCGGCUCAGACAUCGACUCGGAGUUGCUGGCGCUGGCGAAGAAGAAGAAGAGGCAUUCCAACAGCGAGUCGUCUGGUGGGUCGUCCCCGAGACAGAAAGCGUCCGCCGCCCGCUCCAAGGUGGCCACGGACAGCGACUCCGAGACCAGCGACUCAGACUCAGACUGGGGCGCCUCCAAGGGCAAGAAGAAAAAGAUGACAAAGACAAGUACAAAAAACAAAGGCAAGCAGUCUGGCGCGUCACAGGACAGCGACUCGGAGGGCGGGCGGGCGGCGCGGGCCAGCGGGUCGGAGCCCGAGGAAGGGGAAGUAUCUGACACCAACAGCAGCGACUCGGAGGACCUGAAUGAGGAGUUCGACGAUGGCCUGGACGAGAACAUGAUCGGGGAUGAGGAGGACCGUGCACGCCUCGAGCAGAUGACGGAGAAGGAGCGGGAGCAGGAGAUCUACAACCGGAUAGAGAAGAGGGAGGUGAUGAGGACACGCUUUGAGAUAGAAAAGAAACUCAAACUGGCCAAGAAAAAGGAGCAGAAAAAGAGGAAAGAGAAGGAGGGGGAUAAGCCGAAAGAGAAGAGGCAGCCGCUGCUCACCAACAGAACCAAAACACUGGAGGAGCGAGCCGGCCGGAACGACAAGUUUGCCGCCCUCAAGGCCAAGAGAGUCAACAAAAUACAGAAGGCGGAGGAGGAGAGACAGAAGAAGGAGAGGGAGGCCGAGGAGAAGAGGAGGAGGAGAGAGGAGCGGGAAAAAUCAAUGGACUCGGACUCCAACGCCGAGGAAGCCAAGUCCAAGAAGCUCAAAGCGUCGGAUGUGUACAGCUCGGACGACAGCGGAACCGAGAGCGACAAGUCCGAGAAGUCCGAGAAGUCCACCAAGAGACGGUCCUCCUCGUCCUCCUCCUCCUCCUCAUCCGACGGGGACAGUGACUCCGGCAGCCCCUGUGUGGAGGAGGCCGCUGCCGCCCGGCCCAGCAAGGGGGCGGCCGCUGCAGCAAAGACCCAUCGAAAAGAGCGCGAUACAAAGCUGAUAAAGAAGACUGAGCCAAAGAUCUUGCCCUCUACUUCCUCUUCCUGUGCCUCUCCCUCUUCCUCUUCAUCUUUUAGUGACUCGAGUGACAGCGAUGUGUCACCCAAGAAGACCAAGCCAGACAGGUCUAAAGACAGCCAUCGCUCAAGGGAUUCCAGACCUAAGUUCGUGACAUGUCGAGAAGACUUGGAGAAGAUCCGACUCUCCCGCCACAAGAUGGAACGCUUCGUCCACCUCCCGAUAUUCUCCAAGGCCAUCAUCGGCUGCUUCGUCAGGAUAGGCAUCGGCAGCAACCAGGGCCGCCCCGUCUAUAGGGUUGCGGAAAUUACAGCAGUGUGUGAAACGGCGAAGAUUUACCAGCUGGGCAACACACGAACAAACAAAGGACUGCGGCUAAAACACGCGUCCCACGAGCGAGUCUUCCGGCUAGAGUUUGUGAGCAACAGUCCGUUCCAGGAGUCCGAGUACCACAAGUGGGUGGAAGACUGCGCGGCGCACGGCACGGAGCUUCCCUCCAUGGUACACGUGUCACAGAAACAGAAGGACAUCCACGACCUCCUCUACUACCAGUUCAGCAGUGAGGACAUUGACAAGAUCGUGGAGGAGAAGGCCCGGUUCAACCACAACCCAACCAACUUUGCCGUGGCGAAAACCUUACUCAUGAAGGAGAAGGACAUCGCCGCGCAGAAGGGUGAUGAUGAGUCAGUCGAAAAACUCACGGAGAAGAUCGCGGACCUGGACGAGAAAGCCAACAGCCUCGACAAGCGCAGGACCCAGACCAUCGCCUCAAUCUCCUACAUCAACGAACGCAACAGGAAAAACAACGUGGAGAAAGCCGAGAAAGCCAUCAUGGCUGAGAUUGAGGCCAAGAAGGGCAUGAAGGUUGCCGAUCCCUUCACCCGGCGGUCCACUCGGCCCACCAUGGUGACCAGGACCAAGGAGCCUGACAUCCAGUCCUCGGAGAUGCUCAUCAGGAUGGAGCUGGAGCGCAAGAAGAAGCAGGAGGACGAGAAGAGGAAAAAGGAGGAGGAGCUCUGCAAGAAGAAACAGGAUGAUGAAAAGAAGAAGGAUGAGGAGCGCAAGAGAAUACAGGCCGAGGACUUGUUUGCUGCCCACGACUUUGAUGUCAAGAUCGACCUAGACGUCUCAAUACCAGCCUCAGCCCCGGUGGGACCAAGAACGAGCCUUGGGAAUGCAACGAACGGCAGCUCAGUGAGUGCGGCGCCCAAGCGCUCGCUGAACCUCGAGGAAUACAAGAAGAAGAAAGGCUUGAUAUGAAGGUCGGCGGCCUAGAUCAAUGCGGUGAGGGUGUGUAUGUAGUUGUUUCAGCGGCGUCGUGAACUGCAGUGUAACAGUGUCAGGUUAAUUGAAAAUGCCACAACUAAUUUAAUUUAGGAGAGCCGUGCGUCUUCUUUCCUUGUAAGUAAUGUUUGUUUAUUUCAUGUUUUAGCAACUUUUUCACUCUAGUGGUACAAAUUUCAUAACCAAGCUUGCCAUUUAUUUUUAUUAAUACGAAACUUACCUGAUCUGUUUUUGGACAUGAGAAAAGUGUACAAUUACAGACAGUUUAUUAGCGUUGCAAAAAUAUGAUGAUAUGCAAAUGUGACAAGUUUUGUUUGAAGAAGUUAGGCGCGAGGCCACAGGUGCUGCCCCUCAGAGGCUCCGACGGGCCUCCUUUGCCGUGGGCGCAGAGGGAGCAGAGGCCUGGAUAGAAUCAUCUCAUCUCAUCGUCUGAAGCAUACUUUCAUGAUUUAUUUUUUUAUCAUCUCCAAUGGGGUUAUUUUUUACUUCUGGAAUGAAGUUGCAAAGUACCAAUAUAUUCUUAAUUUUCUUGCCCUGACACAGGCACCUCCGUGGUGCUGUAGUCUGACUAGAAAUCUGCAGGCACAGGCUCAAUCUUGGCCUGGGGCAGCCGGCACCACCACCCAGCUGCUCAACCUACAUUUUGGGCUGGUCAAUAAAUGGGUAAAUGGGGAAGGGAAACUGUGUCAGCCUUGAUGUGUCACCUGCCCUGUGUCCUGGCGUCAAGGGUUCUUGCCCAUCACAGACUCGCGGUGAGGGAGCACUGAGGACAUGGACAGAACAUCAUGAGUGACCUAAAAUCUGUCUUAAUUUUGUGCUCCCAAUGACAGCACCUGCCAAGAAAAUUCUUUCAUAUUGUCCUAAAUUAUCCAAAUAAAAGUUGCACAGAUUAAUUCCAGUCCAUGGUAACUGCAUGUUGCGUAUAUGAACAACAUCCUUUGUCCCUGUCUGUGUAGACACAAUGCAGCGGUAAGGCUUUCUGGGGCUCAUCCUCCACCUGAAUGGUAACAGUAACACAUCUCAAGGUAUUUUGCUCAACCAUCCUGUAGGAGACAUGUACAAAUAUGAAGGAUAUUGCAUUGUACACUUUAUAUCAUGGGCAUUUGAGUCUAUGGAACUUUUAUUUGGAUAAUCUUUGCCAAUACAAAACAAUUUGUCUGGGCAGGUAUUUUAUGCAAGCUUCAAAAUUCAUCAUUUGUGAGUCAGCCACACACACACUGCCUGUGUCAGACGGCAGGGGAACAGGAAGGUUCAGGGCCUUGUCAGCUUGAUCCAGGAGGGAAAGCCUUGCUACUCAACACUCAUCUGGUGUAGCUCAUAAGAGGUGUACAGCUGCUGGUAUUCUGUUGGUUUUAUUCAUACUUGUUUUCAUGUACUCAUUUUUAUUUUUAUUAUUAUUAUUAUUAUUAUUAUUAUUAUUAUUAUUAUUAUUAUUAUUACUCUAUCAUUAUUGGGGGGAGGCAUAUUGACAAUUACCCAUCUACUUCAUUGUGCUCUUGAGGAGGCAUUACCAUAAGUGAUCCAAGGAAUGUUGGUGACUAGGAGAUAUGUUCAGCUGAAUGUAAGAAAUAAACUUGUAAGUUAUGUAA